GCUCUAUAUAAAACUCUCGAUUUUGCUAACUAAAAGUACAACAACAAUUCGUCGGGAAUAUGAUUACCUAGCUACUAUGUGCCAGUCCAGCCAAGUGCUUCACGUUGUCUCGCUGGUCAGUCACCAGGCAGAGCUAGAAAGACCACCACCCCUCAAGCACGCGGCCCAAUGACGGAAUACCACCAGCGGACGUGCCUGGGUCCCGACGCGGCCAGCCCGAUGUCGUGGGGCAGCGCUGAAGAAGGCGCUGACGAAGACGAACUGCGGGAGGCGUGCGGUGUCUUCGGUUGCGUGGUGGCCAGGAACACGCCAGAAGGAAGUGUCAAUGUAGCACAGGUCGUGUACUUAGGCCUGGUGGCUCUGCAGCACAGGGGCCAGGAGAGCGCGGGCAUCGUCACCAGCGAGGGCGUCGGCUGCAAGCAGUUCCACUACCACAAGGGGGAGGGCCUCGUCGCCUCCACCUUCAAGGACGAUAGUCUGCAGAAACUCAAGGGGGACCUGGGCAUCGGGCACACCAGGUACGCCACGAUGGGAGGCUGUGACCCCAGCAACAUCCAGCCCUUCAUGGUGCACACUCGCCACGGCCCAUUUGCAACGGCUCAUAAUGGGGAACUCAUUAACGGGGUCGCGCUCAGGAAGACGGUCCUCGAGCGGGGCGUGGGGCUCUCGACGAGAUCCGACUCCGAACUGAUCACGCAGAUGCUGUCCCUCACGCCACCUCGCGGGGAGAAGGACGGACCUGAUUGGGGCGCUCGGAUAAGGCACCUCAUGGAAGCCACGCCCACGGCCUAUUCCCUCGCCCUCAUGCACGAGGAUAAGGUGUACGGAGUGAGAGACCCCUUUGGUAACAGGCCGCUGUGUAUUGGGCGUCUCGACUCUCUCUCUGAUAAGAAAGACAUGCCCCAAUCAGAAGCAGACUUAGGAUGGGUUCUCAGCUCGGAGUCUUGUGCAUUCCAGUCAAUUGGCGCCACCCUGAUACGGGAAGUUUUUCCCGGGGAGAUCAUAGAGCUGAGUCCUGAUGGCAUUAGAUCUCUGGACAUUGUGCCGCGUCCGAAACCUGCGAAGCCGAUCAAGGUGGGAUACGACCAGACAAUUAUUCCUCACAUGCUUCAGAUUCCUCCUCCGGCCUUUUGCAUCUUCGAAUAUGUUUAUUUCUCGCGUGCCGAUACCUUUUAUGAGGGACAACAAGUGUACAGCGUUCGACAGCGGUGUGGUCGCCAGCUUGCUAUUGAAACUUCUGUUGAAGCUGAUAUUAUUUCUACUGUACCGGAAUCUGCUACCCCGGCUGCUAUGGGAUAUGCGUUACAGUCUGGCAUUCCCUAUGUGGAGGUUCUGUGCAGAAACAGGUAUGUGGGUCGCAGCUUCAUCCAGCCAGACACGCGUUCCAGGCAGCUUGCAGUGGCGAAGAAGUUUGGGGCCAUCGCAGCCAACUUGGAGGGUCGGAGGGUGGUCCUCGUGGAUGACUCGAUUGUUAGAGGCACGACAAUUGGUCCGCUGGUUCGACUCCUGAAACACUAUGGGGCUAAGGAGGUUCACAUCCGCAUCGCCUCGCCGCCCAUCCAACACCCUUGUUACAUGGGCAUCAACAUCCCCACAAAGGGAGAACUUAUCGCCAAUACGAAAGCUCCUGAAGAACUGGCUGGUUUCAUAGGUGCCGAUAGUCUGGCAUACCUAAGUAUAGAGGGCCUCGUGAAGGCUGUGAGUUCAGGUGCCCCGAAAGACAAGGACAUGUCCGGAUACUGUACUGCUUGUCUAGAUGGAAACUACCCUGUACACCUGGAGUGGUGAUUCUCUCUCCUUUUAUAUAUUAGGCUCCUUUUCCUUUCUCUCUGUCUCUCUCUUUUAGAUAUGAAUCUCUUUAUUUCUUCUCAAUCUCUCUCUCUCUCUCUCUCUCUGUCUCUCUCUCU